CGGAGGGGCGGAAGCGGCGGCGGGGCCGGCAGCGGGGCCGGGCGGGCCAUGAAGCUGCGGCGGGGCCCGCUGCGGGCGGCCCUGGGGCUGGCGUUGCUGCCGCUGUUCCUCGGGCCGGCGAGCGCUGUGGAACCCAUCAGCCUAGGGCUGGCGAUCGCGGGCGCCGCCGCCUCGGCCCUUACCGGCUUCAUCUCCUACCCGCGGCUCUACUGCUACUUCAGGGAGUGCUGCCUCCCGCAGCGGUCUCUCCGUCCAGCUCUGCAGGACAAUCUGGACAAGAAGCUGUUUGGGCAACACCUGGUGAACAAGGUGGUUGUAAAGGCCGUGAAGGGCUUCUUGAACAACAGCAAUGCCAAAAAACCUCUCGCACUUUCCUUGCAUGGGUGGACUGGAACAGGCAAGAACUUUGUCAGUAAGAUAAUCGCUGAAAGCAUUUAUAAGAGAGGUCUGCAGAGUAAAUAUGUCCAUCAGUUCGUGGCGACUUUACACUUCCCUCACGCUCAGAGCAUCAAUCUCUACAAGGACCAGUUGCAGUCAUGGAUUCGGGGAAAUGUGAGCAUCUGUCCCAGAUCCCUCUUCAUAUUUGACGAAAUGGAUAAAAUGCACGCAGGACUCAUUGACUCCAUCAAGCCAUUCCUGGACUACUAUGAGCUUCUGGACGGGGUGUCGUACCGAAAAGCCAUCUUCAUAUUCCUCAGCAAUGCAGGAGCUGAAAAGAUAACAGAGGUGGCACUAGAUUUCUGGAGAAAUGGAAAGACAAGGGAAAAUAUACAGCUCGCAGAUGUGGAAAAUGCGCUGUCUGUGUCCGUCUUCAAUAACAAAAAUAGUGGAUUUUGGCACAGCCCCUUGAUCGAUAAAAAUCUCAUUGACUACUUUGUUCCCUUCCUGCCUCUGGAAUACAAACAUGUGAAAAUGUGUGUCAGGGUGGAGAUUGAAUCACGUGGCUACGUUGUGGAUGAAGAGAUUUUAACCAGAAUAGCCGACGAAAUGACCUACUUCCCCAGAGAGGAGAGAAUUUAUUCAGAUAAAGGAUGUAAAACUGUGGAUUCAAAGCUGGAUUAUUACUAUGACUUCUAAUGCUUUAUUGCUACAAACUGCAAAGAAGCAAAGUUAACUUCAUUACAAAGUGGAGAACCCGGAACAUUUCAUUUUUAAGCACUUUUUAAAGAAAGGAACGUUAUUUUUUAACUGGUGUGUAAAUAAGCAGCAGUGCCUCUGUGGUUUUAUCCUGUCACUAGUGAUGGCUCCCAGGUACUUCGGCCUUGUUGCCAAGGUAAGAAAGGACCGCGUUGUGAAUGCGGCACCGAAGAUUCCUCUUGGAUCACGUGUUGAUCACCAGAACCAUUUGGCAGCCUGUUGGCACAUAUAGAAGGACUGAGAUUAUCACCAAAUUUUAAUUGGGUUUUGGUUUGAUGUAGAUGAUCUCUAGCGAAUAAUGAGAAUUUUAAUCAAAGUUCCUAUUUCUGUGAAAGACUUCAUUUGGCUUGUGUAGGAAUAUCCCUGUAACUGCAUUAAAAGUAGGAUACGUGUCUCUUCUCCUUGAGCAGCUUGGUUCCAGUAAAGAUGACGGGGGAAUUCCAUAAUUAUAAAAAUCCAGAGUCUUCUAUCCAACAUCAUGCAGUACCCUUGUCUUUUCUCAAAACAGUGGUAUAGAUUGGCCUUCUGCAUGUCAAACCAAAAAUGUGAGACUUUUUGGUGUGAAUAGUGUUCAGAGGGCGGUCUUAAUAUUUCAAGGAAGUGAGUUAAAAUCCUUGACUUCCACAUCAGUGUAGUUGGUUCUUAUUUUGUUUUUUUUUUUAUAAUGUAUAUAGUUGCCCACAGCAGGCUUUCCCAGGAGUGAUCUCAGGAGGGUGAAAAGUGUGCUUUCUGCUUGGUGAGUCAGCUUUAUGGACAGAGUGUAACUUAAUGUGAAACAUGUACAGGUUAAAUUUUACACCAAGGAACCAGAAAAGAGGUUUUUCCUCUUCACCUACAUGUAGAGUUCAGGGGCCAACUUCCAGAGUUUUCCCUUUUUCCUGUUCUCACAAUACUGUAUGACUUUGAAGCAGGGAUGAAGACAGAGCCAAAGGCAUUUGGAAAAAAAAAAAAGUGAAAUGUGUCAACUGAAGUUACUGCGAAGAGUGUCUGACUUGUUUCUAAGUGUGAGCACUGCAGAGGCUUUUUUUCACUCCAGUUUCUAUUCAAAAUAAACUUUUCUCAUCAGAAAUGUAUUUCUUAGUUA